GCAUCAAAAUGGCGGACGAAAUUUCAAUUCAACAGAGCAAUCCUUUGUCAAGAAAACUGAACAAAAUUCUAGAAAUGCGACUUGAUAAUGAUAAAGUAAGCCCUAUAUAGCAAUCAAGAAAUAUUUGGGAAAGGUUUAAUGUUACAUUGUGUUUAUUUUAUACGAUAUGUCAUCCUGUGUAUGAUGGUCUAUGAUGAUACAUCAUGAUCUAUAAAUCUCUAUUUCAGGAUCUUGUUGAUGCAUUGAAGGCCCUAUCGACUUUCUUUACUGAAAAUAAUUUGAGAGAGCGUCGUAAUCUUCGUGGCGACAUAGAGAAAAGAAGUCUUUAUGUGAAUGAACAAUUUGAAAGUGCGUUUAGAGAUGUGAAAGAGGCACGUAUACAAUGAAGUUGAAAACUUGAAAUCAACCACAGGCGAGACUUUUUUUAUUCAUUGCCACCGUAACUAUUCAGAAAGUGGAAAAUAAAAAAAAAUUUGGAUGUCAACAAUUUUACGAUUUUAGUUAAUUUCCAGAUUGGAAAGUUUGGAAAUUGCGCGCCGGAGGUUUCGAAAAUUUAAUAGUAAAUAUAUAGAAAGCAUCAAAAUUGCGCGCUGGAGAUAUCCGCCGCGCGAUACAAACUUUCCACACUGGGUUAAUUUUAGUUAAUUUGGAGUUCUGACAUGAAAUGAAGUAUACGCCAAGUAAACUUUGACACUAAGUACUACUGGCUCAUGUUAUCAUUGUGACAAUCUUGAAAAACAAUGUUUUUUUAAAUUUUUUUCCGACCUGUUUUUUUUUCAAGUAAAAUCUGUAAACCAAUAAAUAAAAAAAGUCUCGCCAAACAGGGGGCUUUGUAGCCUGCAUGUCAGGCUCUAUGCUUGAAAUAGAGAAAUCGUAUGCAAAAAUUCCCAUUGGUCAGAAAUAAAUAGCCUUGCCUUAUAAGGUAAUAUCAAGUUGUUGUUUGCAUAAUAUGAUAUUCCGUACUGGUAAUUGUACUUUUGGCCGCAUUAAUGACUGCCUUUGCUGUCUAUAAACACGGUCAAUAACCGUUAUUAUGAUUUAGUAUGUAAUUCCUGGCCGUUUAAUGAAAAUUGGAAUAUUUAUUUUCGAGAUAUUGGUGGAAAAAUUGGCUGUUAUUGUCAUAUUUUAAAUUAGCUUUGAUAAUCUAAUUGACAAUCGCCAUUUUGAUUGGUUGUUAUUUUCGAGCAUCCAAAUGACUGGCCACUUUUCAUCGACUUCAGUAACAGGCUCUAUUUCAAGCAUAGAGCCUGACACACAGGCUAGGGGUGAUUCACUAUGGCGCGCCGAACCUAGCCUUCUCGACCAAACCCGUCGUAAUCCAGGGCACAAAAUAACGGCUGGAAGGUCCCCGGUCAAGGUGACCGGCCAAAUUAAUUUUAGCUCGGACAUAUCAAAUUUCUAACUGGUCAAAUUAUUCAGCUUAAUUUGAAGCAAAGCCUAGGGAGAUAUAUGUUCCUUAAAAAUGUGACUAUUUUUCCAACAGCAUUGCAAAAAGCCUUAUAAAGCCAUUACAAAAAUCAGUAAUGAAAAACUCCUUCACAUAAAAUAGCUUGCAUUGCGCUUAUGUUAGUCGUCGCAAUUUAUGAUAGAAGAAGUGCGCGAAACCGGCAUCACUUUAACUUAACUGGAACAACUUGAUGAUCAUUUCUAAGCAGUGGUGCUAGGUUAAUCGAACGCCUGGCAAUCAUGUCAAUGCAAAAGGCCACUAUUUUUAUGAAGGGUGAUCAAAUUAUCAAAAACAUCAUUCGAUGAUUCUGUACUUCGUUGGAUGAUUAUUCAUGUUGUUUAAUGAUUAUGCAAGUUGUUAGAUGAUUACAUGUUUGCCCAUUUCACGUGUUUCCGAUCUCAUUUCACGUGUUUCGUUCGAUGAUUCCGUAUGCUGUCAUUCCGUAUGAUGUUCGAUGAUUCCGUAUACUGUCAUUCUGUAUGACGUUCGAUGAUUCUGUAUGCUGUCGUUCCGUAUGACGUUCAAUGAUUCUGUAUGCUGUCAUUCCGUAUGACGUUCGAUGAUUCUGUUUGCUGUCAUUUCAUAUGACGUUCGAUGAUUUUGUAUGCUGUCAUUCCAUAUGACGUUCGAUGAUUCUGCGCCUUCAGUUGCUGUCAUUCCGUAUGACGUUCGAUGAUUUUGUAUGCUGUCAUUCCGUAUGACGUUCGAUGAUUCUGCGCCUUCAAGCAAACUAGCCUGCGGAUUCUGAGCCACAAAGUUAUAGAUUCAUGUUUCGCUAUUUAUAAUGCUAACCCUAAUCCCCACCCUAACCCUAACCGCUAACCCUAUUAGCGAGACAUGAAUCUAUAUCCUUGUCUGUUGCUUUGUCUAGCGCAUCUAGCGCCCUCGUGUUCUUCUGUGCUUGUGUUGUUUUUAUAAUUGUUUGGUUGUCAUUUCGUUUUUACGGUGCAUUUUUUGACAUGGAUUUACAUGAACAGUCACCUUGUGGUAAAGAUUUCAUAAGCACAGCAACAUCAAUAUUAAGAAAUAUGUUAAAUCAACUUCAAGAUUUAAACUCGUCCACACAAUCAAGUGCAGAAUUGAGUCCUCAAACUGAAAGUCAAAAAGCACAACUACCUGUACCUCGACCUGUACUAGCACCGAGUGUAGUACCUCAUCAACCAGUUUACAAAACACUUAGUUGAAAAGCAGAGAUUAACUAACCAUCAAAGUGGAAAUAGAAAGCUACACUCCACUGAAACCAUUAGCCUACUUAUCAUUGACCACAUUUUUAGAGCAAUGGAUGAAAAAAAGAUUACAGCAAUGGUUUUAAUAGACCUGAGUAAAGCCUUUGAUAGCAUUUGCCAUGAAAGACUACUCCAAAAGCUCCAAAAUGUAGGCGCUUCUUCCUCUAGCGUUGAUUGGUUUCAGAGUUAUCUAUCCGAUAGAUACCAAGUCACACGCAUUGGUCAAUCUACAUCAACUCCUUUACUGGUGAAACAUGGAGUCCCACAAGGCUCCAUCUUGGGUCCACUGCUGUUUACAAUAUACAUGAACGAUUUAUCCAAAGUUGUUUCGAACUGUGACGUAGAAUCAUAUGUUGACGACACAAAAACGUUUAUAUCAUUUUCCUUAUCAGAAGCCGACCUUGGCCUGUUAAGCCUUUCCCAAGAUCUCAGAAGUAUAGCAGAAUGGUGCUGUUCUAAUAAGCUUCUAAUAAAUCCCUUGAAGACAGAGUGAAGAAUGGAGAAAUCGAUAAAGAACCUGCCAAACUUAUCAAUUCCUUUUCUAGGAAAAAUAUUAACACCUGUCUAUGAUAUUUGGAAUGGAGAAAUCGAUAAAGAACCUGCUAAACUUAUCAAUUCCUUUUCUAGGAAAAAUAUUAACACCUGUCACAGUUUGUAAAGACCUUGGUCUCACUUUCGAUGCCACUCUGACAUUUGACGAUCAUAUCAAUUCAUUGACGUCGACCCUAACAUCAAGUCUGUGUCAAAUCAACAGAGUUCGACACUUGUUCAACAAGGAUGCCUUGUUGAUCAUGAUAAACUGCCUAGUAUUUAGCAAACUUUACUAUUGCUCCACGGUUUGGUUUGGCACCACCCAAAAGAACAUUAAGAAACUACAACGAGUACAGAACUUUGCAACACGAAUCGUAACGGAACUAGAAAGUAUGAUCAUAUGACCCCGGCUUUAGAUAAGCUGGGAUGGUUGUCAGUUAACGACUCUCUAUUGUACCGUAAUGCUAUUAUGAUGUAUAAAAUAGUUCAUGGUCUUGCACCUGCCUAUCUUAGUUCCAAGCUAGUAAUCCGUUCGCAACUUCAUAAACAUAUUACGAUGUAGAACAUCUAAAGCUAAGCGAUCCUUUUUUAAUCAUGUAGCACUGCUGUGGAACUCAUUUGAUCUUUCGACUCGAAACAUUUCAACUCUAGGAGGAUUUAAGAAGGCCGUACGAACAGAGUUAAUCAAUAGACAGAAUUAAUUUUUAAUAGUCCUCGUAAUAUACAGUUACUGUAAUUCUAGUUUAGCUACAGACAAUCCGUCUUUUUAACAUAAGUUCUAAAUAAUUGCAUGUAAAUAUCAUAUUACUACACUUAUUUGUAAAUUAGUUAUGAUCCCUUAUGGGGAUUAACUAAUAAAUCAUAUUGUAUUGUAUUGUAGUCAUUGUAUAGUGGCCAAAGUUCAUUUUCGAUGCCAUCAACAUCGUUUAGUACAGUGAGUCAGAACAGGGUAAAUGAGAAUUUCAGGUAAGAUAAACAAUAUAUCGGCUAUUCCAUAUAUAUAAACAUAAAAUAUAAAUUUUCUAUAAUUGUCGAUGGAAUGAUCCUGAGCAUCCUUCCAUUUCUUGCUUGGUUGUACCGCAGUAAUACACUGGUAAACCACUCUAAACGAAAUUUCGCGUAAUCUAUUUGGUCCGAGCCAAUAUUGUGCUGCUCUAGUUGGGAAGUUAUUUCAAUAAGGAUUCUUCUUCCGUAAUGGACUACAGCAUCCAUUCCCUAAAAUAUUUUAGUGUAGAAAUGCGCUGGACAAGCAACAGACAAUGGCUCAGAAUCCGCAGGCUAGUUUGCUUGAAGGCAGCAACAGACAAUGGGUCAGAAUCCGCAGGCUAGUUUGCUUGAAGGCGCAGAAUCAUCGAACGUCAUACUGUGGUCAUACGGAAUGACAGCAUAACAGAAUCAUCGAACGUCAUACGGAAUGACAGCAUACAGAAUCAUCGAACGUCAUACGGAAUGACAGCAUACAGAAUCAUCGAACGUCAUACGGAAUGACAGCAUACAGAAUCAUCGAACGUCAUACGGAAUGACAGCAUACGGAAUCAUCGAACGAAAUACACGUGAAAUGGGCAAACACGUAAUCAUCUAACAACUUGCAUAAUCAUUAAACAACAUGAAUAAUCAUCAUACGGAAUGACAGCAUACGGAAUCAUCGAACGAAACACGUGAAAUGGGCAAACACGUAAUCAUCUAACAACUUGCAUAAUCAUUAAACAACAUGAAUAAUCAUCCAACGAGUACAGAAUCAUCGAAUGAUGUUUUUGAUAUUGAUCACCCUCCAUAUAUUUUGAACUUUAUACUUACGUAUUAACUGAAGCUGCUUCCAAUCAUUAUGUCCUCAGCUCUCGUUCUUUGAAUGUUUCUGACUUACGUGACACUCUUUAAUUAAAUCAUUCAAUAAAUUCAAACAGGUUUGUGUGCACAAACAAAACAUAAUCAAAAUCAUAUUUUUUCCUUAUUCUUCUUUCUUACUGACAUUGUGUGUCGGCCCCAUACAUUCAAGUUUGUAACAGCUGUAGUUAUAGUGAAGUUUCAACUUAUUAAGCACAAUACCACAUGCAGUUCGAUGUAAAAUACAGUCAAGUAAAGACUAGUUUGUUCUUUUACCGAAAGUGACUGAUCAAAAUGACCGGCAAGGCAAGAAUUUGACUGGACAACUCCACAUUCUGGCCGGAAAUGUCUGUUGACCGGCUGUUAUUUUGUGCCCUGUAAUCCUAAACUUGCUACAAGCAAUGGGUUCAGCGCACCAUAUUUAUUUCUUUGAGGAAAACAAGGCAAAAAAAAAUACAGAUUAAUACUUAGCCAUCCAGUCCAAAAUUUAGAAUACAUUAAUUUAUGUAGCAGUGGCUGAGACUGAGUGGCAUUAUGGCGAAUCCUGUGGCUCUUGCAGUACGAAAAAAGAGCUUUUCUAAAGCUCUGAUUUCCUGUUUGAAAAUGAACCAACUCAACAAACGAACGGUACAUUAGAUUGGGGGGGGGAGGGGUUGAAUAGGUUUUCAGAUUUAACAGAAAAAAUUGUUCGGAUUUCGGAUCUGGCGAAUAAUUUACACGGAUUUGCGGAUCUUAUCAAUACAGCGGAUUUAUCAAAUAUUUUGGCUCGGAUUGAGGAUUUAGCUUACAAUUUAGUUCGGAUCCUGGAUUGUGACUUCAUAGUAUAGCUUUUAGCGGAUUCAAAUUUAGACAAGACCAUUGUCGGAUCGCGGAUUUUGCUUCAAAUUGGGGCGGAUCGGAGGAUUUGUAUACCCCUAUUCACCCCCCACCGUUAGAUUGUACAACAUAGACUUGGGUGUAUGGGUGCGUCGACGUGAAUGUCGAUGAAUAUAUUUCAUUUAUAGGCCAUGGCCGCACCAGACACAGCCAGAUUCCUCUAGUUAUGAAAGCUUCACGUUGCAAGACAAACACUUUCCAGUCAUCCUUUUAUAACCAGAUUGUCAAACUCUGGAACACUAUUAACUACAGUAUUUUCAACAUCUCAUCAUUUAUCAGUAUUUCUUAUCUCAGUAUUUUCAACAUCUCAUCAUUUAUACAAUGGACCAUUUGCAUUAUACACUAAAUUUUGAUCUAAACAACUCUAGACAAAAUUUCAUCACAGCUUGAAAGAGCAUCACAAAAUUAGUAAUAUUCCGAAGUUGCGAAAGUUCCGUAAUAUUCCGAAGUCGUUGCGAAAUGUUGUAAAAUGCGGAUAAUAUAGCCUUGCGAAGUUUGCCGUUUUUCAGUCAUUUUGCAUCACGCGGGGGAAAUUGACAGCCCAAUAGGCAAUACCCUUUGGGGCUGUCAAUUUCCCGUUUGUAAUACAAAAUGACUGAAAAACGGCAAACUUCGCAAGGCUAUAUUAUCCGCAUUUUACAACAUUUCGCAACGAAACUUUGGAAUAUUACUAAUUUUGUGAUGCUCUUUCAAGCUGUGAUGAGAUCAAAAUUUAGUCUAUAAUGCAAAUGGUCCAUUACUCAAACAAAGAUAUCUAACUUUAUUCAAUGCAUCCUUUGACAUAGACAUGCCGUGCACAUGGACACUGUCUCGUGACUGUCCUUGCCAUUGAGAAUUGACUUCACACCUAAUUUGUUAGAUAGUGUUGAUCUUUAUUACUUUUUAAAAUGUUUUAUUUUAACGGGAAGGCGCAUGAGUAUACACAAUACCCAAGCACCUUUGCCGAUUGGUACUUUCACAAUGUAUGUGUACAUGUUUAGAAAUAUUAACCAAAGUUGUUAAACACAAUUGACUUGAUCUAACCCUCUGGCUCUCGUUAUUUCUCUCUCUCUAGGGACGUCGUUACCGGGGAGAUGUGACACCCAAUAAUUUUUAAGUUGAAAAAGUUGGUUAAAAACGAAAAGAUUUGGUCAAAAGAUUUGGUCAAUUGUUAAACGAAAUUAGAAAAGAAUUGCUUUGGCGGAAAUUAAGAAAAAAAUUAAGGAAUAUUUAACCAAAUAAUGGCGAGUAACUGUACAUUAAACAGAAAGAAAAUGAGAAAAUAAUGUCCGGAAAUGUUUUCCACCCCCCCCCCCCUGUUGGCCAAAACGGUUCCCAAAACUUGGCCAAAAUAUCACAUCUCCCCUCCCCCCAAUGUUAAUAGCGAGCUUAAGCAUGUAGGACGGCGACGACGGCCAAAAAAAAAUUCCUUCAAAUAAAUGAUAGUAAAGAAAACUUGUUGUAUAUUAUAAUUCGUAUGAAUUUAAUACAAUAUAAGAAGUUAAAAAGAUUGACUUUAUGUUUGGGAAGAGUUCUACUGAACCGAAUUUUAAGUUGCACUUGUGACGGCUUGAAAUGCAGGCGUUGUAUAAAAGACGUGAAAAUCUGUGAUUUGCCGUUGUAAAGAGAGCGACGACUAGGCUAUAUACUGUAUACGUUUGAAACUCCCCUGGGACUUUAAUAUUUACAUCUUAAUUGACUCAUUGUAUUGGUUGCCGUCGCCGUCGUGUUGCCGUCCUACAUGCUUAAGCUCCCUAAUGACUUCGCGACGUCCCUGGUACUCGUACGCAAGCAUCGAAUUUCCCUAAAAUCAAUCGACGGCAAUGGCGUUAAAAAUUGCCGUAGAACGUAACAGCUGUCUACGGCAAUUUUGGCAGUUUCCACGGCAUUUUUCAAAUUACUGUAAUAAAACUUUAAUUUUAUUGUUACUUUGGAUUUUUGACAAGCUAGAAACAUGUCUACGUAUUUCUUUAGUGUUUUUUUUCGAAGAAAACUGAGACUAAAAUAGUGAUUUACGCAUGAUUAACAUCUGAAUUCAAGUAUCAAAGUAGUAAUGCACAGUAAAUAGUAUAAAAAUUGCACUAUACGGCAAAAGAUUGCCGUCGUUGCCGUAAUGAUCAACGGCAUUUUGUUCUCCCUCUACGGCGAUUGCCGCAAUAAAAUUCGAGCCCUGCUCGUACGAUCUUUAGAAUUAAGCCGUCUAGCACAAUAUAACAAAAAAAUUAUGUUAUUUUUUAGCAACUCGAUCUUGUGCAUAGUGAUAUCCAGUCAAUGAGCAAAUGCUGUGAGGAGAUGACGACUAGAUUAAAGGUACUGUAUCCUGUUGAUGAGGUUAUUCCGGCCGUUUUUGCUUAAAUGUACGCAAAUAUUCGUGGUGGUGUUGUUACAGUCCCUUGAGCUUGUGGGCUACUCAGGACAAAGUUUGUCCUAAAAAUCUGUCCGGAAUACCGGUAAAAUCACUUAAUGCUUGCGUUUUAUUUAAUAUGAUCAUAGGACAAAACUUGUGUCAUACUGCCAAGCAUAUACAUUUAAAAUUCCUUGUAUGUUUACGUGGCGAAAUAACUAGUCGAAUUGUUUCGUUUUGAAAUUUAUAUUAUUUGCAUUGUUUACUAUCCAAGCUUAUGGAUCUUUUAAUGAUUUGUCAAAUAAAUGGACACAGUGUUUCCACAAAACAAAACAAAUAUUUUGCAUUUUGUCUUUAUUAGAUGGCCCGCGAGCAAACAUCAGAUCUCAUAAGCAAAACAACCAAACUUCAGGCAGAAAGGUAAGUCCAUCAUUUGUGCAAAAAUUGCGUUCUAAUCUUAGGGCACCUUGUAAAAUCCUUGGAGGAAAGUGUUCCAAAGACGCUAGACUGGUGUACAGGACUUAAAGGGUAUUGGCAAUAAAAAUUUUUAUUGCUUUAUCUGAAAGAGCGUGAAAAAAUAAGCCGAUUGGCCGUUUACUGCUCUAUUCUAUCUCAUCUGGUUCUGAAGUUAUAUGCAAAAGUGUGCAAAAUAUAAAUUGCUGAUUCAGCACAACGUGUGACGUCAUUAGUUGGGUAAGUAUGUUUAUUGAAUAGUAAACUGAAGCAUAGCUCAGUUAUUAUUGGCUCAAAUCAAAUGAAAUUUUGCAUACAGAUAGUACAUGAUGAGACGCAUGGGAAAUACUUUUGUUGUCAAGGCAACACAGUCGUUCCCAGGCCCCUUACACUGAUUUUGAAUAACUAGUUGCAUUUAUCUAUGUGUAUGUCCUUUUCAAAUUAUUAUCAUGCAAGUAAACUUUUGGCAUGCAUAGGUAUGGUACACAUACUUCUGAUAUUAUUUUAUUCUUAUAAGUACCAUGAAUAAAGCUGUUUUGAAUCUCAUUCCCCGAGCCUGCGACCCUCGGGAAGGAACGUGAGGCUCUGGGAUAAUCCAUUGCCGGAAGCCAGGAAUCCUGGCGAAGAUUGAACUACGCAUUCCAUUUCAACGGCCAAUCAGAUUCCUCCCUGAAACGGAUUAUCCCAGAGCCUCGCGUUCCUUCCCGAGGAUCGCAGGCUCGGGGAACGAGAUUGAGCUGUUUUAUAAAAUUGGCGCAAGGGGCCUGGGAACGACAUUGUUACCUUGACAACAAAAUUAGAAGUGUUUUUCAAUGCGUCUCAUUAUGUACAAUCAGUAUGCAAAAUUUCAUUUGAUUUGGGCCCAUAAUAACUGAGCUAUGCUUCAGUUUAGUAUUCAUUAAACAUACUUACCCAACUAAUGACGUCACACGUUGUGCUGAAUCAGCAAUUUAUAUUUUGCACAUUUUUGCGUAUAACUUCGGAACUAGAUGGGAUAGAAUAGAGCAUUAAACGGCCAAUCGGCUUAUUUUUUCAUGCUCUUUCAGAUGAAGCAAUAAAUUUUUUUGUUGCUAAUACCCUGGUUAAAAUGAUUUGUGGAGAAUAUGACUUUUAAGAUGAUUAAUCCACCGAGUUGCUUUGCGCCUCAAUGUGCCAUACUAUAUUAUUUUACUAAUGCCAUACGAUUUUUCCCGUCAAGGGUAGAGCGCUGGCGCUUGGUGGGUUAAUUACAACCGUAGUGGAAAGAGCCUGGGUACGAGGUUGGGUUAAUCACACUAUCUGCCCACACGUCUAGUUAACCCAUUGAGUUGCAUUGAGCCCCAAUGUGCCCUACUUUAUUAUUUUACUCUGUCUAAUGCCAGAUAAUUUUACUUGUCAAGAGCUCUGGCGCUCAAUGGGUAAAAUUAUUUUCACGUAUUACUCUACUGUAAAUACCCUGUAUUAUAUGUAAAUACCCUGUAUUAUAUACAUCCUUGGUACAUGCCAUUGGGUUGUUCCAGGAAAGAUCCACACUCCCCUCACGGAGGAAAUUUCUGCCGUCCAGAGGGGGAGGGAGAAAAAUAAAAUCUCAAUCCUCAAUUGGUUUGGUGGAAGAGGGCGAGUGCUCUCUUACUAAAACUCAAUCUUCUGAAAAAACGAUAGUAGACUAAAAUGUUGAUAUAAAUCCCUACAAGACGUGGUGUGAAAUACGGGCAAUGCUCACCAUUUAUUCCCUGAGCUUGUGCAUUUUACUACAUAAAAUGGUUCUAUGUCCGAAAUUGCGUGUGUGUAAUUACAUGGACUUAAGGUUGUAUAUAUUUGGUUAUGUUAAGCCAAAAGGUACAAUUAAAGCAAAAAGUGGCAGAUGCAUUCCUUGAUCGCUUCCAGUUAAAACCACACGAAACUGAAGCUUUAAAGAAUUCCCGAAAUGAACCAAUAACUGAGGUAUAUAUAAAGUACUUACUGUACUGGUUGCUAUUUUUCCUGGCCGGAAAGCUGUGUCGUAGACUACUAUCCGGAAUUUGCAUACAGUAUAUUUUUUCAGCACAUCCUUACAUAGGGAGCAAAAAACUUGUUAUCGUACUAUAUGAUGUAAUAAACGCACACACUCUAAUAAACGCCCACUCUCUAAUGAACUAUCCAAUAGACUCCUCGGCCAAAUCAACAUUUUGUGAUAAACGCCCCUGUCUAUUAAACGCCCGUAUCUUAUAAACGUCCCCUUGUUCUUUGCGAGCACUGGAUCAGAACUACUGUAGUUUUUGAAUAUUAAUCAUGCAUUCUAUUUGGAAACUGCUGUAGCAAUCAUGCGAACUAUCAAAGUUGCCAAUGUGCCAUGCCUAUGAAAGCGUUGCUUAAGCAGUGUUGUAACGAGUCACCUACAGGUCGAGUCACGAGUCGAGUCACUCAAAGGCCGAGUCACGAGUCGAGUCACUCAUAGGCCGAGUCACGAGUCGAGUCAUUUCAGUUUCUGAUCGAGUCGAGUCGGUGGCUUCACUCGAGUCAAGUCGAGUCAGCCAGUUUCACUCGAGUCAAGUCGAGUCAUUGGUUUAAGUCCAGUCGAGUCAAUAGCUAGACUUAACUUGAGUCAGGGAACUUGAUCAAGUCCACCCACAUCAUUGUCCCCAGGGCCUCUCGGCCGCGCGCGUCCUCCCUAGGCCCUGGAACAUACGGAACCGGAAGUGCAAGUAAACUUGCAGUAGUUUCUAAAGCGCAUGGUCUUGAAUUGGGACACUUUAGCACCCGUAACAAUUUUCAAAGUCAUGAAGUAUUACGAAGAAACGAAGUAUUUGAGUUGACAUAUGUUGAUAGAAUAAUUUUUCCCAGCUAAAACUGCUCAACUUCUGCAAAAUAGGAUUUCUCUGAGAAGCCAAUCAGAUCUCUCGCUUUAGUCGUCUAACCCACAGCCUAAUUUUCAACGAGUGACCGAGUGAAAAUGGCUCUGGGGACGAGAAUGGUCCACCCCACGCUUUUUGUAAUGAUUCGCUACCUUAGCUUGCAGUUUGAAAUUAGUAAUCAAAUCUACGUUUUAAGCUAAUCACUUUAGUCAUGUAAUAACAGUAUCUGGGCAGCCAUUAGCCAUAUAGGCUGUACUAGUAUCACAGUUCUAGUCAAUAUUAAGUACAACCACAUGAGAUGUCUCAUGAUGCCUGCUGAUCGAGUGUACGUAUAUACAACUAGCAUAACUUGCAACUGGAGUCAGAAUUAAUAAAGAAUAGACUUUAAUUAACCAUGCUUUGUAAGUUAAUUUGAAAUUAUAUAGCACUUCAUGAAUACCGAGACUCCAUUUUAAAAACUGUGACGCUAGCGUUGUUUCUAAAAACAGAAAUGUAAUAUAGGCAUGCCCGUCAGGAAUAUACUGUAUUCUAUGCAAAUCCCAUAUAUUUUGUGAUAAAGUUUCGAAGUUCUCAUUGUUCACAGGGCUCAUUGUUUUCCCCAAGCAACACAAUCACAAUAAUUUUGAUGAAUUUAUUCUGUACAAGUUGUAGCUGAGUCGACUCGAGUCAUUUACGGCAAAAUCAGCAAGUCGAGUCCGAGUCGAGUCAUCUGGGGCUGUUGACGUCCGAGUCGAGUCAUUUGGGGCUGUUGACUCGAGUCGAGUCGUUUUUCGUUUUGGACUCGAGUCGAGUCGCUGAAAAUAGCAACUCGAGUCGACUCGAGUCCGAGUCAAUUACUCAACUCGUUACAACACUGUGCUUAAGCACGUAAAGCUCUGAAAAUAGCAACUCGAGUCGACUCGAGUCCGAGUCAAUGACUCAACUCGUUACAACACUGUGCUUAAGCACGUAAAGCUGUUGUGUUUAAGAGUAAACGCCUCUCUCGCCCGGCGUUUAUUAGAUCAUUUACGAGUAUCCCUAUUAAUAUUGGUUCUCAUGCUUGUUUGAUGCUUUGUUCACCAAAGUAGAAAAUUCGAAGUUUGCUGGUUGAUUUUAGGAGUUUUUCUCAGCGUUAUCGAGAGUGAAGGUGAUUCACAGCGAUUGCAAGUUACUGUUGAGAACGAAACAGCAAACAGCUGGGUGAGUUUAUUGCUGUAUGUAUAUACCAUUGAUAAAUUUAAAGCAGGAAAAUAUUGCAAAACUUGUUCGUCUUCGUGAAUGGUCUCACUGUAAAUUCAAUAGAGUCAAAAUGACCCCACAAAAGAGUUAAAACGACUCCAAAAGAGUCGUUCUGGGGUCUUUUGAGGUCGUUUUGACUCUUCUGAAAUUUCAGUGUUGUUUUGCCUCACUAUACAAUCCAUAUUAUUUUAGACUGGAAAUAAUGGAAUCAAUGGCGCUAUUUAUGGAAUCCGCUUAUGAAAGGUUGUACAGAUGGACACAGGGUAAAUCUGCAGUUUAUAUAUGGAUAAAGUAAAGUAUAAUUUAAUUAGAACAUGUAAUAUAUACUACGGAUGUCACCGAAGUGUGCGAGCCACUAAAAUUUCGCACGACCGCCACGCCCACAAAGCGUUAGCGACCCGCCCACAAACUUGCAUUGUUAUUGUAUUAUUGCGAUUGUAGUAUUUGUAGAUUUCGUAGCGAAAAAAUGGGAGAUGUAAAUAAAUAUGGGAGAAAUUAUGUGCGGGGAAAAGCAUUAAGCGAGGAUAUGGUCUCCCUUGUAAUCGAUGAAAUAGUAGAUAUGGGUGGCGAUACUGCGACAGGCUUUUUUGAACAGUACAGUGCAGUUGCUUCUAAGUUCAAACUAUCUCCUAAGACUACGAAAAAGGUUUGGAUGCAAUUUUGUAAAUCUGGGCAACUAAAGCCAAAAAAAUCAUGCGCAUCUGGUGUCAAACAUUUAAAACCUGAAGACUUAGACUUCAUAGAAUUCCUCAAGACUGAUAAACCAUCCAUGUCAUCAGGCGAUUUGCUCAAGGAAGUUGAACGCCACUGUGUUAUUCCCGAAGGGACAAGCCGAGAAGCGAUAAACAGGGCAGUGAGGAACUUUAUGCACGAUGGGAAAUGGUCGAGGAAAGUAAUGUGUCGACCUGCCGCAGAAAAAUUCACUCCAGAAAAUAUCGCUUAUUGUCAGGAAUAUUUAAAUUACGUUUCAACAGUAGACCCUUUUCGCCUUAAAUUUUUUGACGAAGCAGGCGUAAAACUCCCUGAUGUAGGGAACCCUAAAUAUGGCCACUCGUUGGUUGGAAAACCGUGUGUUGAGAUUCAGCGAAACUCACAGACACCAAAUAUUACGCUCAACCUAUUGUCAGGAGCAGACAGUAUAAUGUACACCAACACAACGCGCGGGGCAAGCAACACAGUAAAAUUUCUCGAGUUUUUUGGUGAAGCAUCGCGAAAUUUCCAGCCUGAUGGCAAACCCAUACUCGAAUAUGGUGACCAUAUUAUAAUGGACAACUGUUCAAUUCACCAUUUUCAAGGUGGGCAAGUCCUUGGCGAAUGGCUGGAUGAUAUAGGUUGUGUACUUAUGUACCUACCGACUUAUUCGCCAGAACUGAACCCGGUAGAACUAGUAUUCAACAAACUAAAAACAGUGUUGAAAAGAGCAGAGUACAGAGACUUGUUGAGAGACAACCUGCAUGUUGCCGUUUUUGAAGGCUUGAAGCAAAUAGAACCAAACGAUAUGCAUGGAUUUUACCGUUAUACUGGAUAUAUUGAUAUCUAAAAUGUUACCUGUAAUUGUUAUGGAAUCAGUUACAUAUAGUUAACUCAACUAAAUCAUGCAAUAUACUAGGCAGUAUUAUUAAUAGACAAAUAUUUCCAUUUAGCCCGCUUUUAUACCGUCUUUUAUGCUUUACUAUAUAUCAAUGGUGGUAAAUAUGGAGUAUUACACUAUUACUGUAUUAAAUGACAACAAUUUGGACAGACAGUGGGCAAGCAAACUAAACAAAAUUGGCCAUGGCCCAAACCGAUAAUGUUACAUGCAAUGUUCAUAAUUAUGUUAAAAGUAUAAAACUGUUGAUUUUUUAUUUCCGUUGAGUUUUGGGUACAAAAAUCAUAAAUUUUACCAGUAUUCGAAUUGAAAAUCUGAUUAUUGAAAAUUAUCUAUUGAAAAGCUUUUACAGUCAAAAUACAAGUGUCCCACAUGUACAAUCCGCUUCAGUCUGUAGUCUGUUGUGAAUUAUUGUACUCGUGCAGUUGUUCUACCGCUACAGGACAACAGAACAUUAAUAAAUGCAAUGUAUUUAUAGUAUUAAAUCACAACAAACUGCAUAAGUGGGUGGGGCACUUUGUAUUUUGACUGCAAUCUAUAUAUAAUAUUUGUUUGUGCAACAAAAAGUGUAUAAAAUGGCAUGUUUUGAAAAUUGUUGAGUGUUGGGCAAAAACUGUUCCUGCCACUGGCUCUGAUGUAAAUGUGUCAAUAAGUCAUGAAUUUUACUGUAAAAACACAACACAACAUGAAAUAUAACGUCAUGUUCAUGUAAAAGAACAAAUAUGAAAACCUUUUCAAUAUAGAAAUUAGAAGUUAAAAAUGUCAACACCAAAUUAACUAAACUCGAGAUAGAUUUAUCCCUAGCUUGUAGAUGUACAUAUGAUCAUAUAAGUAUAUACUUAUGUGUCACUUUUUUUCAACAAUAUUUGCAGCUUCCAAGAGCAAACCUAAACCACUCACGUCUUCUUCUGCAUCUGUUGACUGUAUUUUUGCGGUUGAACGGGAAGCACGUUCGUGAGAAUAUCCCGAUUCACAUGGACGCUGAUUGCAUUGUAAACUUUGAUUCACUGCAAUCUGUAUCAAAUAUUCUUCUUCGCGCUUAGUAUUUGGUACAGAUACAUCAAGGACAGAUGUGCUCGCCAUGGCUUCGACGUUCCCCCUAUUUACAACAGUACUAUUAGGGAGUGAACCACGACCUGGAAAUGUAAUUCCCUUUUUUUCCCACAAUGAUUUCACUGGAUUAACAUGUUUACUGACGGUUUGCUCGUUUUCGGUUGAAGAAGUGUCACGAACAUCGAAGCGUUCAUUGUAUUUUUUGAGAAGGGAAGGUAUUUCAUAUUUCGAUGGCACUUUACCUUGACAAAUUCUUUCUAACUUUCUCACAUCACAAUUUACUAUCAGCCAGUUGGGAAUAAAAUGGCCAGUUGUGCUUUUGCGAAGAUACUUUUUAGGGUUGCUACUUAUCAAAUCUGUUUGUACUUUUGCAACAAAAGUAUCCUUAAUGCCUUUCAACAUUUGUCUCUUGCCCUUCAGAUCAUCUUGUAGUCGGUGUAGCUUACCCUUCAAGGUUUUCAAUUCUUCUUUUUGUUCCUUUAAAAAUUUGUUUUCAUCCGGAUGGCGUUUUAUUUCAUGACAAUAUGAGGCCGAUUCGCACGGUGUAAACAAACAAUUAGUCUUGUUAUGGCCAGGGGUAUGGCAAUAUGAACAUAGUGGCAACUUAAUGAAAUCUUCAGGUUCUCGGAAACUCUCUUCAAGUUCCAACAAAUCUUGCUCUUUCUCCUCAAUUGUUACUCGCAGCUUUUGUUCGUCCGUUUCAACUUUAUCAAAAUAUUUCUGUGUCGGUGAUAUGUAUUGUUCUAUAUUGGGGUAUUCAAACCCAACGGGUUCGUCUUCGACAACACUGGUUUGGUUAUCAUCGCACAAAUUGAUUAAAGCAGGUCUAGAAUUGUCCUCAAGAUUGUCAUUUAAAUUACGUUUACUUCUAAAUCGUUUUUGUGAAGUGUUUUGCUUACUAUUAGGAGACGGCGAGUAAAAUCUCUUUGACUUUGAGCUGAUUUCACUGCUCUGAGAUGAAGUAGCCUGCGUGGCAGGCUCUUUGGAUGAAGGGUAACUCGAUACUUUUAAAACGAUUCGAACUGCAUCUUCGCGGUCUGGAAUAGGCUCAGCUGUUUCGAUCAUAUCCACUAAUGAGUCAAAGUCAUCGCAUCUUAGAUCAAUCCAAUCCUUGUCUCUGUCCAUGUAUCUAAUACGCAACAGCUCAGUCGGGGAAAUGUCACAUUUUUCAUGCAAGUAUUUCACUAAUAACUCCGAACUAAAUCGCUUUAUCUCUUCCUCGCGUAAGAAAAAUUUAGAAUAAUUCUUAUGAUGACCAUAUGAGUCAUAUUCGACCUUAAACUCGUACCUUUUUCCUUUCAUAGACAGCAUUUUCAGUAUAAACAAAUACACGCUCGAAUAUACCGAGAAAAACACAGCAAAGUUUUGAGACAAAACGUGUAUGCCUUUGUGGGCGGGUCGCUAACGCUUUGUGGGCGUGGCGGUCGUGCGAAAUUUUAGUGGCUCGCACACUUCGGUGACAUCCGUAAUAGUACCGGUACAAAUUAAACAUUACCCGGGCUGGCGCCUCCGUGGCGUCUAAAGUGCACGAAAUUAUAAGGUAAGAAGUUAGGCUCCAGGCUGAUACCUGACCAUUUUUCAUGCUACUUACACACUCACAGUGAGCCUAAAGGCCCAGACGCCAUUCGAUAACGCGCGCGAUCUUCUGUUUUUGAAAGUUAAUAAAACAGCCAAUCAAAGGAAAUUUUAAAAGAUAUGUAGACCAAAUAACUCAAAAUGUAUAGCGCUUCUAAAUAUUUGAAAAACUUAAACCAGGAUCAAAGUUAUUGCUCAGUGAAAAUCGAAAAAUCGCGCCGCGUUGUCGAAUCACGUCCGGUGUGUCUCGGCCUUAAUAUAUACGAUAUUUUGUCACGUCAGCAGCUUCAACUGGACUUUAGGGCUAUUUUUCUCGCGUUUCCUUCGGUGAAAUUUUUUUAAAGGUGAUCUACAGUCCGUAUGUAAACAAAGCCUUUGUUUACAUUUUUGUGUCCAAAAUAUUGAGCUUUAUUCGACAACUAUUUAUAUUUUCAAGCUUCUAGAGUAUAAUAAAUGAUCAAGAAACAACAAUCAGGCUUUUCAAGAACUCAAAACAUAGUUAAACUGUUUGUAUCAUAAAAAGUGGGCUCAUUUGUGCACAUGCGCAGAUCGGACUGUAGAUCACCUUUAAACUUUGCACAUUUGCUAAGCAUGACAUAUCAAAAUUUUAAGAAAUUGUACAAGACAGAUUUUCUGUAGUCGCUAUUCAUGAAUAUCUCCCUUCAAAUUUUAAUAUGUUAUUCCCCUAUAAACCAUAUAUCUUUGAUUGUGAAAUUAGACAAUCAAAGGGCAAAAGAUGAAACACUACCAUGCACCGUUCCAAUUUGUUUAUAUAUCGAGAGCACAAGACUUCUGACUUUCCUGGAAAUGAUCGCAUUCAAUAUAAAUUUGGUUGAAAACGCGGGUUACCUAAAAAACAAUUAAACAAUCAUGUAUUCCGGAAAACUCGUGAAAAAAUGUAAUGGGGAUUUUUUUAAAAAACGUAUAUUAUACUAUAUUUUGAAUUCGUUUUACGGUACCCUUCGUGAAUAUUUCAAUGCGGGCGUACAGUAUAAACAUGUACAUAUAUCUUCAGUGACUAAUGUGUAAGUAAGUUUAUAUACGAGUGAAAUAACGGUAUUAGGGUGGUAUUAUUGUUGUACAGAGUGCAAUCCGUGCAAUCCGUGAGGAUUGAGCAUUUUCUCGAGCUCUUCGUAUUACUGCUCAGAAGUAAUCUAACACAUUAUCUAACCAUAAUUACGAGUUUAUUCCUGUUCGGAACGCGUUCGGUGGAGAAAUGUUCUGGACACGCUCAAUGUCUUCCGUCUACGUUCCAGAACAUUUCCAACGCGCUCCACUAUAUCUCGUUUGCAGUAUGUAGUAAGUAACUAGAAAAUAUAUGCAUGCAGCAACCCCUCGCCUUUCUUAACAGAUGAAGUAUAAAAACUCCACAUAAAGUAUUAAGACCAUUAUAAACAAACAAAAACACAACUGAUGCGCUGCUUUAUAAUGAACGAUAACAUUCACUGCAAUUUCAUGCAUACCAGCUUGCAUUAAAGUGAAUUAUCGAGUUAAGAAUGGCUUAAAAAUUUCGCCGACAACAAAACCGACAACACAAAGCAAGUACGGCAUGGAAUUUUACUACUGAAAUGUUUACACUUACCCAAACCGGCACAACAACGAUUAAAUUAUCAAAAACAUCAACAUCAAAACAUCAAAACAAUGAAAAUACAAACUAUGUUUCACGGUUGAACAGCCACUAAUUCAUGAAACUGCAGGCUUAUUUCCAGUUGAAAUCGAGAAAAAAACCGUGUUGUACUUCUGUAAAUUUUUUAACGAAAUUUAAAACAAAAAAUUGCUUGUAAAACAGCAAAAUACGUCCUUUCAAAAUGAAAAACAAUUACUUCGACAGAGUUUGUAUAUACGCAUGCGCAUAACGUCGAAAACCGUCCAUGACAAAAACAAAAUGGAGGACAACUUUGCGGUUAUCGUUCCAUGUUUCGCGCACCAAUAUAAGUUAGGGUUAGGGGUUAGGUAUUAGGGUUAGGGGUUAGGUUAGGGGUUAGGGUUAGGUUUAAGGUUAGGGAUAGGUUUAGGGUGUGUAUAUACGUGUAUGGAGGUAUCCAGUUAACUUUUCAGUACACUAUAAUAUCCAUUACAUGACGUUUACUAUAUUGGUGCGCGAAACAUGGAACGAUUACCAACUUUGCACUCCGCUAUGUUUUCACGUACUCGGGUAUAAUUAGCCGUGCGGAAUUAGUACCCUCGCACGGCGCUUCGCGCCGCCGGCUCGGGGAUUACAGUAUGUAGGUUCAUAGCUAGCCACCCAGCGUUUGAGCAUGUGUAUACCGUAGAAACUGGUACCUGUGUUUAAAAUGUUACUUUGUAAUAGUUAAGUAUUUCAUUUUCAGCUGAGUGUCGAGGUCUGACUGGAGACGUACCAGAGAUAAUGCCAAAUCUACAAAAUGCCAUGGCAGUUUUACAAAACAGGCCUGUUUUACUUAAGUGAGUAGGAUUUAACAUUAACUUAUGAAAUGUUAUUAACUAACAUUCUCUGCUCUGUUUAAUUACUCAGCUGUGGUGUGGGGGCAUGGGGGGGGGAUCAAGGGGGGCCAUGCCCCCUCCCGUCGAUACAUCUUUCGAAAAUUUAUAACGGUGGGCGCCAGGUUUUAAGGUGGUCUCCCCUGACGAACAGGAGCCAGCCCGCCACUGAGGUCAUGUACAGAUUGUUCAAACACUUGCAUGAAUGUCAUGUUUGCCAUGUAGAAUACUGUACUAUAGCACUAGAUACGGUAGUGUGGUUAUGGUGAUUUGCAAGCUCGAGAGUUACAGACUUCUUGGUUGUUUUAGAUAUUCUGUGGACGAAUAUGCAGCAGCAAGAAGGACAGCGAUCGUAAGAUGUUUUAUUGACGCACUUACUCGAGGAGGUAUAGGAAAUAAA